GCCACGAACACAUUUAAAACUGGGGACUCAUUUCACUGAGAACUCCUCAGCUUCCCCCAGGCAGGCUGACUCCAACACCAACUCCCUGAUUAAAAGCAAACAUUGCCACCCUCCCCAUCCUCCACUUUCCUCUGCCAACCCCUUCCCUCAAUGGAAAAGACGUGUGAAAAACGUGCCCCGGUUUCCAGCACGGUGCCCAAGCGCCCCCUCCCUCGCUCCUUCCUUCUCAUCUCUUCUCUGCACUGCACCAAGCCAGCCUUUGACGACAUCGCACAGGCUGCAGGAGAAGCGAACCGUUUUCCCCAGACCAAGGAGAGGCGGCAAGCCCUGCAUUUGAGAAUGCAUCCAACAAGGGCCGGCGGGGAGCGGCGCGUCAGGCCUCGAGGAGGAGGCCGAGGCCUGGGCGGGCGCCGACGCCGUGAAAGGCGCCAUGGGCCCGCGGUAAUGUUAGCAGUCGGCGCGCGGAGAUGCCCCCGCCCCUCACUGACAGGCGGCUGCCUUCCUUUUACUCCCCAUAACAUGCCAGCUCUCUCUCGGGCCCACGCUCGCUGCCCACGCCACGCUCGGCCUCUGCAACUCCCGGCCGGCGCCUCCGGCCUGCGCGCAGCCUUCCUGGAGCGGAGGCGGAGCAAGGAAGGCGGAGCUCGAGAAGUUCGGUCUGGGCGCUGCUCCUUCCCCCGAUCGAGCACGAGUCAGGACCGACCCCUCAGCCUCCCGUUUGGCAGAUUAGCAAACCCAAGGCCAAGAGAGAUGACACGCACGAGUCCAGUCUCCAUCCCUCUUCCCGCAUUUUACAGAUGAGCGUCCUGAGACCUAGAGAGAUCACAAGCGCGUCGAGUCUACAUCUUUUACAGAUCAGCAAACACUCAAUCAUGAGUCCGAGUUACAGAUGAGCAAACUGAGGCCCGCAGAGGUUACAAGCACAGGACCAAACUACAUUUCUCCCCACCCCCCACCCCCUUCUCAUUUUAACAGCCGAGCAAGUAGAGAGAUUAUGUGACUCCCCGGGUCAUGCAGGUAGUCAAUGAGUUAAAAGUUGGUUCAGAUGCCAUUCUAGGGACGCCACAUCCCUCGGUGUAGGCUGCCAUACUAGGUUCUGCACAAACCCGAAUGUGAGCAAGUGCCUCCAGCCUCCCCCUUUCAUGGGCUCCCUAAGAAGGAGAAGGUAGCCAAGGCUGGUAAAGGGGACAGAGGGAAUGCCCUUGCCCGUGCUGGUGCCCGGGGAUAGCAGAUAGGCCAGGAGGAGAGUGAUGGGAAGUAGGCCUGGGUACCCAAGAUGGAGUCAGCUGGGAAGGAAUUCCAUCUAGACAUAAAAAGGAUGGAGAAAAGAUGGUGCUGCCCUCUCCCAAUGAUCCAUUAGUCAACCUUAAAAAAAAAAAUGGCUGUGGAUUCAGACUCCCAGGAUUUUGUGAAUUAGACCUGGAAGAUGCUUAGAAAUGAUCACCCAAUUGAUCGUGUGUGGUAUCCCGCACCCCUCUGGCAGUCUGGUGAAGCCUAUGAACUUCUUCUCAGAAUCAUGUUUUUUAAAUGUAUAAAAUGAUAUCCAUGGGAUUACAAAGGAGACCAGUUAUA